CACAUUUCCGUCACAAGCCCGGGACGGGCUUGAUCACGUCGCUUUAAGCGUGCAUCACGUCGCCCUACAAGGCCCACUUAACGAAACAUUUGAGUCAGAGGAAAUGUAGUGAAAAAAUGGAAGAAAAUUCGCCUGCCGAAGGCGUGCCUCCGACCGGCGGAGAGCUGCAGGAGUUCAAGACUAUAUACACUCGGAGGAUUUCCCGAGGCAUUCUGGGCCAUUUGACGAUACUUCCGCAUAGAGAUCAGCUUCCUUUCCUUUCUUUAAUGAAACUUCACUCGCUAUGGAUUAUUCAAAUGCCGAAAAGCCAGACGGCGUGACCGCCGCUAUCAAGAUCCCUCAACUCAGCCCCGAUCCACUAACAGGCCCCGUUCCGGCCGCGGCCGCCCCUCUUCGGCCCGUGGCUGCAGCAGAUGAUGAGGUGAUGGAGAUGCCAACAUGGAAGAAAUGGGUGACACUUGCGGUCGUUUGUUGGAUGGCCUUGCCCGUCACCUUCUCCGGCAGCUCCAUCUUGACAGCGACGUCCGAGGUUGCUGCCGACUUCAACGUCUCAACGCAUGCCAUCACCACAGCGAAUGCUGGCGUGUUCAUCGCCAUGGCUAUGUCUGCCUUGGUAUGGCUGCCUACUAGUAACAUUCUUGGCCGCAGAACAACAUACCUCGUCGCCAACUGCCUCUUGACCCUGUGUUCGAUAGGUUCGGCACUCUCCAACAGCUUUGCCUGCUUUACGGCUAUUUGGGUCAUAGGAGGAACGACGGGCCCUUUCUUUCUAGUGGCCGGACAAACCAUCUUGGCAGAUAUAUUUGAGCCUACAACUCGCGGAACUGCUGUGGGUUGUUUCUUGGGAAGUUGCGUGGCGGCAAACGCAAUUGCGCCAUUGACGGGAGCUGUCAUUGUGACCUUCACUAGUUGGCGAGUCAUCUACGGGGUCCAAGCUGGCAUGACAUUUGUCGGUCUCAUCAUGGCCUUUUUCUUCGUACCAAAAGCGAGCCAACUGGCGCAUCUGAAGAUCGCCGUCGCAGAAAGAGCUCCUAUCCGAUCUAUGGGUGACUUGGCUCACGCAUUCAACCCGAUGGGUGUUCUUCGCCAGUUCAAAUAUCCUAACAUCGUUGCAGCUAACUUUGCCUGCGGACUCCUGGGAUUCAACCAGUACGGUCUUCUGAGUUCCAUCCGACGAGUCAUCAACCCUCGUUUCGAUCUUACAACACCUCUUAUCAGUGGUCUCUUCUAUCUCGCCCCUGGAGCAGGUUUUCUGAUGGGAAGCACGAUCGGGGGCAGAGUCUCUGACCACACUGUGAAGCGAUACAUCCGAAAGCGCAAUGGUCUUCGUCUGCCUCAGGACAGGCUCAAGAGCAGCUUGCCGGCAAUCUUCGUUGUUUUGCCAGCCGGCACCUUGAUUUAUGGAUGGAGCGUACAGAAGGAAGUAGGUGGAAUAGCUUUGCCUAUCAUCAGCUGCUUCUUUGAGGGCCUCGGUCUCAUGUGGUCCUUCAGUGGUUUGAACACAUACUCCGCCGAGGCAAUGCCCGAGCGUAGAACAGCUGUCAUCAGCAGCAAAUACAUCGUCCAGUACAGUUUCGGAGCUGGCAGCGUUGGCGGUCUGGUGCCGAUGAUCGACGCCAUUGGAGUCGGCUGGUCUUUUACCAUUACCGCAUUCUCCGCUCUUCUAGCCGGCAUUCUGGUCUUGGGCAUUUCCAAGUUUGCAUCAAGGGCUCAAAAUUGGGCAGAAAAGAGCAACAGCGAUGAUUCAGAUUAAAGCAGGAUUAAAUCCAAGCCCGACGCUGCGGAAGUGCAUCUUUUUGGGAGUACAUUGGCAUAGCGAAUGGUGUUUUAUAGGGUCUAAUUCAGCGUUCUGGCCUUCAUUCAACUUGCCGUCUAUCGCUCCUUCUCUAGGGCACCGUCAUUCAUCUUGCAAUUUUGACAUUAGCUAGGCCAGAAAGGGCACAUAAGCAGGCUCCGUCACAAGAGGAAUGAAAUCUCAAACAUUCAAUCUUG